AUCGCCUUGGCAACAGCGACUGUUCCGCGAAUAUAUUGAUUAAUCCCUCAAUUUCCAGCAACUUUCAACAGUCGCAAGGGAAAUACCAAGUCUGCAACAUGGAUAUGGACAUGAACAAUGAUUUGGAGAAGCGGAUUUCGGAUGCCUUCUGUGUGUUUGACCAUCACGGCGACAAGUUCAUAGAUGUACGCGAGGUGGGCACGGUCCUCCGGCUGCUGGGCUGUGUGCCCACCGAGGUCAUCUCGGCCACCGAGUCGGAGGAGACCAGCGGUGAGGUGCAUUUGACCAAAUUUCUGCCACAUGUCUCGCAGUUGCUAAUAGAACGCAAAAUGGAGCCUGCACCGCCGGAGGAAAUCCUGCAGGCCUUCAAGAUCCUGGAUCCCGAGAACAAGAGCUAUCUCACCAAGGAGAGUACUACUUCAAGUUAUACUUGAAUC